CAUCCCACACCGCCAUGGCGCCUACAAUCUCUGUGCAAGACUCUCAGCUGACUCCGACUCAUAAGAUCCGAAAACCUCUAGUGGAGAAGCUCCGUCGCGAGCGAAUCAACAGUUGCAUAGAGCAGCUGAAGUCUCUCCUGGCUCCAGAGUUCCUCCAGCAGCUGCCGGACUCCAAGAUGGAGAAGGCAGACAUCCUGGAGAUGACCGUUUGCGUCCUCAGGAGACUCCGGGCCAACGCUGAAGCUGAGAUGCACUUUGGCACGUCCUGUGAGGAGAAAAUGACUCCUUUGGGCAGCAUCAGCAAGAAGGAGGGCUCGGCAAAGAACGCCCCCUGGAGGCCGUGGUAGACACACUGACUCUUUUUCAUGGCACAAAGUCAACUCGGUGCAUUUCCUAUGGGAAAUGUUAGCGGAUUUAUCAUGCGUAAUGCAUGGACCACUUCUCAUUGCAUUUGCAAUUGCUUACUCUUUAUAUUUUCUAUAUGAAAAUGGUGGCAAAUUAUGUUAAUUUGUCACAUUUUUUCAUUGACUUCCUACGGAAGCAACUGUAAUGAUAAUGCAUUUUCAUGCAUGUUGUAUUAGCAGUCUGAUUGCUUUAGUAAUAUUUACUAAUAUUUUUACAGCCUUUUCAUAUGUUUUUAUAUGAUGAUGAUGAAUUAUCAAAUUGAUCUAAGCUUUUGUUGUUCUUAUAGGAACAGAUUUUGCUAAAGAAAAAACAUUUUGACAUGCAUGUCUGAUUGUAUUUGCAAUUCGUGCGCUCAAUGUUUUCUUGUCACUCGACAUUAUUAUUAUUUUCCUGUGGAAACAAGAGAAAUAUGAUUGAUUAUGUUAUUAACCGUAUUGUUUUCCAAUUUUCAAUGAUUACUUUUCCUUGGGAAACCAAAUGUCUUUAAUAACAUUUUUUUUUUCAUGCAUAUUGUAUGGACAUGAUUGCACUUGGCAAUUGUUUUUCAUUGACUUGAUCUUCUAACUGCAUUCAUACAUUUUAUGUAACCAGUAAUACAUUUUAUUUGAUCACAAUGCUAUGGAUCACAUUGAUCUAAAAAAAUGUUUUAAAUAAAACAGUCAUGUAUGACGUUUUCAUUAAUCUUUGUAAGAUUCCAUGAGUUUGGAUGCUUAAUUUAAUUUCAUCUUAACAUUCUGACUUGCUUUAUGGUUUACGUCAAACCAAUUCAUGUAUUUUGUCUUGUUUUGUUUUGUUUGAACCAGUUGUGUUCAUAUUUUGAGUCUUUUUGUAAAGACAUACAAUGUUUUGAUAAUGUGAUGCAUCAUCAACCUUGCUGACUUGACUCUUUGCGAAUAAACAAAUUUGUCGGCGAA